CUCCAAAACCCGACUAUAAUCCUGUUUUUUCACUAAAAUCAAUUCCAAUAAAAAGAUUCAAUUUUCAGCUGCUCGGACGCUGAAAUCCAGCUGCUGAUCAGUGCGUUAUUGUUGCUAUUCAUGGCUUCCAGCGGAAAUAAGAGCAUCAACGCCAAACUGGUGCUUCUUGGAGAUGUAGGAGCUGGAAAAUCUAGUUUAGUUUUGCGUUUUGUGAAAGGGCACUUCGUUGAGUUUCAGGAAUCGACUAUAGGUGCUGCAUUUUUUUCACAAACAGUUGCUGUGAAUGAUGCAACUGUAAAGUUUGAAAUAUGGGACACGGCAGGUCAAGAAAGAUACCACAGCUUAGCUCCGAUGUAUUAUAGAGGAGCUGCUGCUGCGAUAAUUGUUUAUGAUGUAACAAACCAAGCAUCCUUUGAUCGGGCCAAAAAAUGGGUCGAGGAGCUCAAAGCACAAGGCAACCCAAAUAUGGUCAUGGCUCUUGCUGGGAAUAAAUCAGAUCUGUUGGAUGCGAAAAAAGUGGAACCCGAGGACGCACAAACCUAUGCAGAGGUGAACGGUCUUUUCUUCAUGGAGACAUCAGCGAAGACCGCAACUAAUGUCAAUGACCUGUUUCAUGAGAUAGCGAAGAGAUUGCCUCGUCUGCAGCCAGUGCCAAACCCAUCAGGCAUGGUCCUUGUGGAUCGAACAGCAGAGAGGCCAGCCAGUGCUUCGUGUUGCUCUUAAGAGCUAAGGCGGACCCCCUUGCCCUCGUUAUCUACAAGUCGUGUCAUGCUAUCGUGUUGUGUCAUAAAAUUCUUUGAUGGAUAUAGCGUGUAUCGUUCCGUUCAUUCAUUAAUAUUUUGUACAGGAUUUCAACUGCUUGACUGAAAGAGAUAAUAUAUUUUUUGUGUUAAAAUGUUGAAAUUGUUUAGAUUCGUA